AAAGCAGGGCGCCUGGGCCUGUUUCCGGACCGGCUUCGGGCGGAGGCGUUUUUGUUUCCAAUCUCAGCAGGGCCGCGGAGACUGAGCGAGGGGGCGGCGCGGCUCUCGCCCGGCCUCUUUCUCCGUAGCCACUCGCGAGCACAAGACGGGGGCCGCCUCCUCGCUCCUCUCCUCCCGCCGCCCAGAAGACGCAAGGCCGCCGAGUCGGGGACGGAGAAGAGGAGCACCGUCCCCCGCGCCCGGUCGGAGCUGAGCGACGCGGCAGAGAGUCAUGGAUGCUCUUGUUUCAUACAUGGAGAUCUUCCUGCAGUAUUUACACAAAGCAAGAAGUCUUGUAAAUGAAAAAUGUGCUGGGAUUGAACCAUCACAACUCAUAGGAUUAACGGUUGCCACUACCCUUCUGGUGGUAUGGCUGUAUACGUUUAUCACCGAACUAGAUGAUAUAAAGACACGAACUAAAAAAUGGUUCUUCAGAACAAUACGGAAAUUGCCUUUUAUUGGCACUGUGAUAAAGCAGAAGGUGAACAAGGCUAUGGACGAUGUGGUUUCUUCUUUGGCUUUUCUGCAUAAUGGAAAGCCAUAUGUCCAAACGCUGCCUGCCAAAGGCCUGAGCCAACCAGAAGUAUUGCAGAAGUUGAAAGAUUACAGCUCGGCGGGAAAACUACGCUGGGAAGAUGGCAAGGUUUCAGGGACAGUCUACAGUGGAGAAGACAAACUUACUAAACUGCUAAUGAAGGUUUAUGAGGAAUUUGCAUGGAGUAACCCUCUUCAUCCAGAUAUCUUCCCAGGCGUGAGGAAAAUGGAAGCCGAAAUAGUCAGAAUGACUUGUACACUCUUCCAUGGUGGACCCGAUUCUUGUGGAGUAAUGACUUCUGGUGGAACUGAGAGCAUCUUGAUGGCUUGUAAAGGCUACAGGGACAUGGCGUAUGAAAAAGGAAUCAAGUACCCAGAAAUCCUGGCGCCAGAGAGUGCCCAUGCAGCUUUUGACAAAGCUGCUAAUUAUUUUGGGAUGAAGAUGGUGCACAUUCCAUUGACCAAGGAUAUGCAAGUAGAUGUGAAGGCAAUGAAGAGAGCUAUUUCCAGGAACACAGCAAUGCUAGUCUGCUCAGCACCCCAGUUCCCUCAUGGGAUCAUAGACCCAAUUGAGGAGGUGGCAGAGCUCGCAGUGAAAUACAAGAUUCCUUUCCACGUGGAUGCCUGUCUAGGAGGGUUUCUCAUUGUCUUUAUGGAGAAGGCAGGUUUCCCUUUGAAACAUCGGUUUGACUUCCGAGUAAAAGGUGUCACCAGCAUUUCCGCAGAUACCCACAAAUAUGGCUAUGCUCCGAAGGGCUCCUCAGUGAUAAUGUACAGCGAGAAGAAAUACCGGUACUACCAGUUUUUCGUGUCUACUGACUGGCAAGGAGGAAUCUACGCCUCCCCUGCUAUGGCUGGCUCCAGGCCUGGUGGCAUCAUUGCAGGUUGCUGGGCAACUAUGAUGCUCUUGGGAGAAGAUGGCUACGUGGAAGCCACCAGGAAGAUAAUUUCAACGGCUCGGUUCAUUGAAUCAGAGUUGCGGAAAAUCGACCACAUCUAUGUUGCUGGAAAGCCUGAGGUUUCAGUGAUCGCUCUUGGGUCUGACACGUUUGACAUAUUUCAGUUGACAAAUAUGUUAUCAUCUAAAGGAUGGAAUUUAUGUGCACUGCAGUACCCCUCAGGUCUCCAUAUUGCCCUGACAUUAUUGCACACAAAACCUGGUGUGGCAGAACAACUCUUGAAGGAUAUCCGAGAGGCCGUCUCUGAGAUCAUGAAGGACCCUAAAGCCAAAACCACUGGCGUGGGGGCGAUCUAUGGCCUGGCACAAACCAUCCCAGACAGAAGCAUAAUCACAGACAUUUCUCAUGUCUACUUGGACUCCCUGUACAGCACUGGGUCCCAUACUUCUGCUGACAAGCUCCUGAAUGGGUCUCCAGACCACCACUGAUUCUUCAGUAACUUGUGCCUUCCAACUAGCAGGUGGUAUUCUAAAGAUUUCCAAGGAAUGAUAAUGUCUUCUAGUAGCUGUUCUUCCUGCGAGUGCAGGGCAUCUGGCAGCUCAGUGACGUCCCUCUGAAAGUGGCACAGACUUCGUAUGAGAUUUUUUGAGGGGGCUAUUUGUUGUGAAUUUUCACAACUAACUAGUAGAAAUGUAAUACUAAUUUUGUAUUUUUCAGGUUAGUGCACACUGCCAUAGAUCUGAAAGAAAUAGCCAAAUUUAUGGCUAAUUCAUAGUCCCUUGUAACUCAGGUGUGUGUUUGAAAACUUCUCAUUCCCUGCCGCUGUUCCUUUUUAAUUGCUCCUGUACUUCAUUCUCUCUCCUGCGUUUUAUGUGUUGCAAUGUUGUAUGGUCAACUAUUGAGAAACUUUCCUUCCCAGAGUGAAGGCAAAAAGAAGAGGAAUGUUCUUUUCAGAUCACCAUGUGGAAGGAAUACUUUGUUCUCUCACUGGUUCACUGUCAAGUGUCUACCCCUAUAGCCUUGCUGCUUUCUCUGUAGUUUUUUGCAAUACCACCUUGUAGAGCUGAGCAUAUCUUUGGCGCGGUUGAGAGCAAAACGGUUAUUCAUUCCCUAGUAUGCAAUCUGAAGAGUUUGCACUAACUGAAGAUGCUGCAGGCAGCAUACUUGUAAAGCUAAUUUGGAUUCCUGGGGGCCAGCAUCAUAUUUUGCCCAGAUAUUAGAGCAGAAUCCAGUUUUGUAAGGGGAGGUUUUGGAUAAGCAUGGCACAAAAAUUAACUUUCUAUAUCUGUCACUUUGAAUGCAAAAUGAUCACCUUUUACGUUGCAGUGGUCUCUUAUGUUUUUUGUGCUCACUGUUCAUAUGUUUUCAAAGGGGACUCACAGGUUUGCCUUAAUGCUGAUAGCAGUCCUUCUGGGAUGCCAAAGAUCAGUUGUUGACUGAUAAAACUUCUUGAUGGUACUACCCUGAAAAUAACUUCAGUGGCAGAUUAGCCUCAGGUACAAUACACUCCAUCCAGUGUUGGCUCAGCUGAACCUCUUCAUAGGAUUCCACCGAUAUCCCCCUCCCUCUUUCAUUGUAAUCAUUUAAUUCUAGCCCUUUUAGUUUGCAGCUGGUUUCCUAGAAAGAAAGUAAGACUUUAGCUUCCCCUCCUCUCCCAAGUAUUGAUUAAGAGUGUAGUUUCUGGACACCACUAGAUCUGUACCUUAUGAAAGGUAGACCCCUAGAAGUAAAGGAGGCAUGCUGGAUGGGUUCAUGACGGGUGAUUCACCACUCUAAAUUUAGUAUAACAUUUUGAACAUCCUGAAUGUAAAGCAACUGGAAGGCUAUUGUUUGAGUGAAAACUGAAACCUAAUUUUCAAAAGGGAACCACUGUCACUGUAUCUUCUGUACAGUUGAUCGAAGUCAAGUGUACAAGUGUUUCUGUCUUCUGGCAAAACUCUGUAUUGAGCUUUCUUGUCAAAGGAGAGUCACAAACUCUAUUCAGAUUUUAUUUAAAGAAAACUUCACAACA